CACUUAUAUAAAAUGAGUCUGGAAACGCGAUAGAAGGUGGAGAGUGGAGAAGAUGGUGAGGGUGCAUGAGAAAGUGAAGGAGUUUGUGAGGCACAGAUGGGUGGUGUUUGUGUGCGCGAUGUGGGACAUGUCAUUCGCAGGCACCUCGUACAUGUUCGGGAGCAUAUCGCCGGUGAUAAAGAGCAGCAUGGGUUUCAAUCAGAAGCAGGUGGCGUUCUUGAGCGUGGCCAAGGAUUUGGGUGACAACGUUGGUCUUCUUGCCGGCAAAUUCAGCCAGCUCUACCCCAUUUCCACUCUCAUUCUUAUUGGAGUCUUCCAGAAUGUUCUUGGUUAUGGCCUCGUUUGGCUCGUCGUCACGCAUCGCCUUCCCGCUUUACCUCUUUGGCUGCUAUGUAUUCUAAUCUUUGUGGGACAAAAUGGAUCAACGUAUUACAACACAGCUGCACUGGUUUCCAGCGUGCAAAGUUUCCCCGAGAGCAGAGGCCACGUGGUGGGGAUUUUGAAGGGCUUCGUUGGCCUAAGCGGUGCAAUCUGGACUCAAAUCAUAGCCAUGAUGAAUCUCCCUGAUCAAGCCUCUCUCAUUUUCAUCAUUGCAGUUGGACCUGCAAUGGUUUCAUUAGCCCUGAUCUUCAUCAUCAAACCCGUUCACACUUAUCAACAAUCUAGAGCCUCUGAUGAAUCAGGUUUCAUGUUCAUCUACAGCAUUUGCCUUCUCUUGGCUGCUUACAUGACGGGAGUUUUGUUGCUAGAAAACAUGCUUCAUUUGGACCAAACCAUCAUCUCAAUGUUUGCACUCAUUCUCAUCAUUCUCAUAUUGCUUCCAAUCACAGUUCCCAUUCUAUUGGUUUUCUUCUCUGGACCCCAGAGUGCUGACCAAGAAGCCCUCUUGGAACCACCACUGCUACAAGCGACAAAGUCUAAGAAUGUGAUUGGGGAGAGUAGUAGUACUGCCAGAGUAACCAAACACGUUGAAAAUGAGAAGAGCAUUCCCCCGAACCUAGAGGUGCUUCCUCUGUCCGAAGGGCCAAGGGACAUGUUUCAGAUUCAAGCUAGGCUUUGGCAAGCUCUGACCAACGCUUUGAGGAAAAUCAAGCUAAAAAAUGGGCCCCGUAGAGGAGAGGAUUUCACCUUGUCACAAGCAAUGGCCCAGGCUGACUUUUGGGUGAUGUUUUUCUCUCUAGUCAUGGGCGCUGGGUCGGGCUUGACAAUCAUAAAUAACAUGGGCCAGAUAUGUCAAUCAUUGGGAGACAACAACGUAAAUGUCUAUGUCUCAGUUAUCAGCAUAUCCAACUUCCUUGGUCGUGUUGGUGGUGGCUACUUCUCAGAGGUUAUAGUAAGAAAUUUUGGGUAUCCGAGACUUAUAGCAUUGGCAGUGAUUCAAGCGAUGAUGUCUUUGGGACUCUUCUACUACGUGGUGGGAUUGGUUGGACAAGUUUACGUGGUGGGGAUAUUGAACGGCUUUGGGUACGGUGCUCACUGGUCAAUUGCUCUAGCAGCAGCAUCAGAACUAUUUGGCGUGAAAAACUUUGGAACUUUGUACAAUUUUCUGACUAUGGCUAGCCCAGCAGGGUCUCUCUUCUUGUCUGGAUUUGUGGCAAGCACAAUAUAUGACUACUAUGCAGAGCAACAGUCAAAGCACCGAAUGAUGCAAACUUUUGAAGCCUCCAACUUGGCAAUUUCUUACCACGUCAUAGCAAAUAACAGUGAGGUGCUUCUUUGCGAGGGAAACAUUUGCUUCUCCCUCACUUGUGGAAUAUUGGCACUGGUUUGCUUGUUUGCAGCUUCUUUGAGCUUGGUCAUCGCUCACAGAACAAGAAGGUUCUAUGCACAACUUUAUGAGGAGUCUCGAAGGUAAAAAGUGGGAGCAAGCAUAUAUAUACAUGAGAUCUUCCAUGCAUGUUCCAUUCCUGGAGAGUCUCAAUACCUUUUGAAUAUUGUGUUCAAUUAUUGUUUGUAUAUACUCUGCCUCUCUCGUCUCUCUUUUGGACUCUAAAAUUUUAGAUUUGUUAUGAAAGAAAUGCUCACACCUUUUUAUUUGGUCAAAUUCAUGUGUCU